GGUGCCAGGAAACCCCAUGCGCGUUGGGGUCUAAUAUGCUUCCACCAUCGAUUUUUAGCUAAGUUGAGGGAGGGCUCUGUCGCAUCCACACAAGCCCACCAAAGCUCCAAGUAUACUUACAUCAAACCCCGUUUAAACCUUAAUUUUAACUCGUUUAACACUAAUUCAUUUAGCUUAGUAGUGUAUUGACAUCUGUGAAGCAUCAUGUCGACGAACAAUCAAGCUGUUUCGUCUUCGGAACCCAUCAAAAUGGUUGUCAAGUCCAACCACACCAGCAACGGGAAUGUUCAUCAUAUAGCCACAAUUGGCCCCACAGGUCUUGCCGAGUUGGCCCAUAGAGAAUAUCAGACUGGUGACUAUGAAAAUGCAGAGAAACAUUGUAUGCAAUUAUGGCGUCAAGACCCAAGCAACACAGCUGUACUGCUUUUGCUUUCAUCCAUUCACUUCCAGUGUCGCCGUCUUGACAAAUCUGCACAUUUCUCCAUGCUGGCUAUCAAACAAAACCCCAUGUUGGCCGAGGCAUAUAGCAACUUAGGGAAUGUUUACAAGGAACGCGGACAGCUGCAGGAAGCUCUCGAGAAUUACCGUCACGCUGUUCGUUUGAAGCCUGAUUUCAUCGAUGGUUACAUCAACUUGGCUGCGGCUUUGGUUGCUGCAAAUGACAUGGAACAAGCUGUUCAGGCUUAUGUAUCUGCUCUUCAGUAUAACCCUGAUUUAUACUGUGUAAGGAGUGACCUUGGCAAUCUGCUGAAGGCCCUUGGAAGAUUAGAUGAAGCUAAGGCAUGCUACUUGAAGGCCAUAGAAACUCGGCCAGACUUCGCUGUUGCAUGGAGCAACCUCGGGUGUGUGUUUAAUGCCCAAGGUGAAAUUUGGUUGGCCAUCCAUCAUUUUGAGAAAGCUGUCGCCCUCGAUCCAAACUUCUUAGAUGCAUACAUCAACCUGGGCAAUGUUCUGAAGGAAGCGCGCAUUUUUGAUAGGGCCGUUGCAGCUUACCUCCGUGCACUCAACUUAUCUCCCAACCAUGCUGUGGUUCACGGAAACCUGGCAUGUGUUUAUUAUGAGCAAGGGCUCAUUGAUCUUGCCAUUGACACUUACCGACGGGCCAUUGAGCUGCAGCCAAACUUCCCAGAUGCCUACUGUAACCUUGCCAAUGCCCUCAAGGAAAAAGGACAGGUUAUUGAAGCUGAGGAGUGUUACAACACUGCCCUUUCAUUGUGCCCAACCCAUGCUGAUUCUCUCAACAAUUUGGCUAACAUUAAGAGAGAACAGGGCUUCACAGAAGAAGCUACAAGACUGUACCUCAAGGCCCUGGAAGUAUUCCCAGAGUUUGCGGCUGCACACUCCAAUCUUGCUUCCAUUUUGCAGCAACAAGGCAAACUCAAUGAAGCCCUUAUGCACUACAAGGAAGCCAUCAGGAUCCAACCCACAUUUGCGGAUGCCUACAGUAACAUGGGCAACACACUUAAGGAAAUGCAAGAUAUUCAAGGAGCAUUGCAGUGUUAUACCCGUGCCAUUCAGAUCAACCCAGCUUUUGCUGAUGCUCACUCCAAUCUAGCUUCUAUCCACAAGGAUUCUGGUAACAUUCCAGAAGCAAUUCAGUCCUACCGUACAGCCUUGAAAUUGAAACCAGAUUUCCCUGAUGCUUUCUGCAACCUGGCCCAUUGCCUUCAGAUAGUAUGUGAUUGGACAGAUUACGAUGCAAGAAUGAAGAAGUUAGUUAGCAUUGUGGGAGAACAGUUAGAGCGUAACCGUCUACCGUCCGUACAUCCUCAUCAUUCUAUGCUGUAUCCCCUUUCACAUGAGUAUCGAAAGGCUAUUGCUAACAGGCAUGCAAAUCUUUGCAUGGAAAAGAUCAAUGUCCUUCACAAGCAACCUUAUAAAUACCCAUCAGAAUUGACCUCUGAUGGGCGAAUUAGAGUGGGUUAUGUGUCCUCUGACUUUGGAAACCAUCCCACCUCCCACUUGAUGCAGAGUAUUCCGGGGCUGCAUGAUAAAUCCAAGGUCGAGAUCUUUUGUUAUGCCUUGAGCCCUGAUGAUAGUACGACAUUUAGGAGUAAGAUUGCAAGAGAAGCUGAACACUUCAUAGAUUUGUCACAGAUUCCUUGCAAUGGUAAAGCUGCCGACCGUAUCAAUCAGGAUGGAAUCCACAUAUUGGUCAACAUGAAUGGUUACACUAAAGGUGCUCGCAAUGAGAUAUUUGCUCUUCAUCCUGCACCAAUUCAGGUAAUGUGGUUAGGUUAUCCUGGAACAAGUGGAGCUCCAUUCAUGGACUACCUCAUUACGGAUCGUGUAACUUCCCCUACCAAACUGGCAUCACAGUAUAGUGAAAAACUGGCUUACAUGCCAGAUACUUUCUUUGUUGGAGAUCAUAAACAAAUGUUCCCUCACCUCAAAGAGCGUGUCUUGCUCGAAUCAAGCGAUAACCCCAAGAUUCUUAAUAAUGAUACUAUUAAAGAUACAGUUGCCAUUAUUAAUACUACCGACUUGAGUCCUGUGAUAGAAAGUGCUGAAGUGAUGACCAUCAAGGAGCGUGUCCAGCCUACCACCACAAAGGAAUCUGUUGAAGUUGCUGUAACUGUAGCACAGCUUCCCACUACUGCUCCAAUUGAAUCCAUGAUCCAGACUGGCCAGGUACAAGCCACAGUGAAUGGCCUUUUGGUUCAAAAUGGUCUUGCCACAACUCAAAUGAAUAAUAAGGCAGCAACAGGUGAAGAACCCCCUCAGAAUGUUCUCAUUACUACACGCAAGCAGUAUGGCCUUCCAGAUGAUGCUGUCAUUUAUUGCAAUUUCAAUCAACUUUACAAGAUUGACCCCUCAACCUUACAAAUGUGGUGCAAUAUUCUUAAACGGGUUCCAAAGUCAAUAGUUUGGCUUCUGCGGUUCCCAGCACAUGGAGAAGCUAAUAUACUUGCACAAGCACAGCAGUUAGGUGUUGGGGCUGGACGUAUUAUUUUUUCAAAUGUUGCUGCCAAGGAGGAACAUGUACGUCGUGGACAGUUGGCUGACGUCUGCCUCGAUACUCCUCUAUGCAAUGGACACACAACUGGAAUGGAUGUACUAUGGGCUGGUACUCCCAUGGUUACACUCUCUGGUGAAACACUAGCUUCCAGGGUAGCAGCAUCUCAGUUGCACUGUUUAGGCACUCCUGAACUUGUCGCAAAUACGAGACAAGAGUAUGAAGACAUAGCUGUUAAAUUAGGAAAUGAUCGUGAAUAUUUAAAAGCCACUCGUUGUAAGGUAUGGAAGGCCCGUCUAGAAUCUCCAUUAUUUGAUUGCAAAACCUACUCAAGAAAUCUGGAAAGACUCUUUAAAAGAAUGUGGGAAAAAUACGGAAACCACGAGAAGCCAGAUCACAUUACAGAGUGGUAAUAGGAGAAAUUUGUAUGUAAGUAUUUGGUAGGCAAAUGUAAAGUAGCAGUAAUUUUUAUGAGGUUAAUCUACUCAGUAUAUCUGGAAAGUAUUCCUUAUUGCCUUGUAGUAUUGUAUGAGGAAUGCAGUAAGAUGGUAAUCUUUUUAUCUUAACCCAUUUUAACAUCUUUCAUAGUCCCUUACAUCAAGUUAUAGCUUUGCCUACCAAAAAGAAAAAUUUCUCCAAAUGUCAACAGAAGACACAUAACCAUGUUCAACCAAAUGAUAGUUUGUCGCAUCACAUCAGUUAAUGUGGCAUUAUAUCAUGGAUUUAGUUAAAUAUGGUAAUUUCAUUUCCCAUCAUACAAAUGUGAUAUUUUUAUUUUCAUGUUUUCAUAGAAAAAUAUUAGUUUGAGAUUUAUGUAAUAGUAAUGAGGCCAGUCAUCUAUUUGGGAAUUUAGCUUAUUUUCACUAAACACUAAUGUCUAAGGAAUCUAUUAGUGUUUUAGCAGUUAGUGUUUUGAUAUUUAUACUUGUAAUGAUGGCAGUCAUUGCUUAAAUUGUGCGCACAUGUAUAUGCUACGAAGUUUCUUUUGUGAAAGUUUGGAUGACAGCCAAAUGUUUGUAUAUAUUGCAUUGUUUCAUAUGGCUCAGGAUUUUUUCUUUGUAUAUAAUUCUCAGCUACAGAUAGGACAAAGUAUAAUUUAUAGAAAGCAUUAUUACAAAGGAAUCUGCUUUUAUGUAUUGGUAGUAUUGUUUUCAGGUUAAAACCCAGGAAUAUUGCAUGAAAGCAGAUUCUAGAAAUUUAGGCAAAGGCUCUGAGCCAUGGGAAGAUUACUAGUUAGGAGAAACAUUCAGGCUUCACCUUGAACGUGAAUUAUCAUUUAUGGAGACAACUUUUAUACUGUUGUUGCCCCAAGGACCAGUUACUGUUGGUAACUAACUUGAGUGAGUGAAGUACCAUGAUGUUUGCUAUUUUUAAACUAACAGCCAAUCAUCUGCAUCAUUGAAAAUUGCCGAUGGUAUUUUUACUUGAGAUUUAGAUUAAGAAAGUCAUAAACAGUACUAACUAGAGUACAAUAUUCCUUGACAUUCAAAUGAAAAUGUGUUAUGUCUACAGUAUAGAAGUAAAAGACAUAGCUCCAUGUAACUUUAGAUUGAAAUAAUUGAAAUGUUAAUGUUCAUCUGUGAACGGUGUGGCCUUCUACUCAUUUUUGCUUUUAGUUUAAGUACAUCGCUUGGUCAUUUAUUUUCUUAAGUGGUUUCAUGUACAUAAAAGUAAAUCAAGACUAUGGCAAGAACAGUAUAUACAUAUAGGAAACUGAUGGCCUAUAUUUAGGCUGAUUAAAGUAAGGCAGUGCUACAAAUUAUGUAACAAAGUGAUUACUUAAAUUUAAAGGCAGUUUCAUACCAUUGUGGACUGUCACCCAGGGAGUUUUUGUAUUGUAAAUUUUGAAGCCAAUGUCUCCUCUUCUUUUUUAUGUUGGCCUUUAGGAAUUAAAUUUGCUUUGGCAUGUUUUUUUUUUUUUUUUUUUUUUUUUUUUGCAUAUAUAUAUAGCUGCAGAUGGUGGGUGCUAAAGAUGUGUUUUAGAACUUAGACCCUAUUAGGUCACCUUCUUUUGACUUGUUUGUAGCUGAUAAACGUGAGAUUGAAUGUGUGCGUGUGCAUAUAGUGGAGUUGCUGUGUGGCUAGAGAGAAGCUUCACAAAGUCUAUUACUAUUUAUUUUCAAUAUGAGCGAGGCUGUUAUUCUUUUUCUUAAAAAAUGUACUACUUUUGUUGGAUAUAUAGAAAACAUUCACCAUCAAAUAACAGGAAUGUGAUUGUCCUCCCUUGCACAUAUGAAUGAUAUAUCAUUAUACCAUCAUUGUGUGAAUAAAUCAUAAAAUUA